UAUGUUCGAAGCAAGUUGUGAAGCAUUCCCGAUCGUGACCGAGACCUUGCUAUGCCCCUCAAGGGUGCAGGCUGUGCAGCAUAUCGGCCUACCGGAGUACCGGAGUAUUCGUGUUCUGUCAGUCUACCUCACGUCUCAUUGUCAGCGUGAUCUUUGAAGCGACUAGACUUGGUGGCUGUGACUUAGAGGAUUCGAUUGGUAUACACGAUGAUGAAGGAAGAAGAAAGGAAGUUUGAUGAUGUGCUCAUUGAACUUGGGGAGUUUGGUCGGUAUCAAAUAUGGCUCUACAACCUGCUGUGUCUCUUUGAAUUCAUCGCUCCAUGGCAGAUCCUGGUAUUCAUGUUUCUUUCUGGAGAAGCUGAUCACUGGUGCAAGAUACCAGAAUGGGAUUCGGUAGACUGUGGGAGCUACGGGUUCAAUACUUCCAGAGAAUGCGCCUUAGAGAAAAGAGAAGUCGGCAUCCCUUGGGACUACUCGAACGAUUCUCAGACGGAAAAGGUGUACUCAUCUUGUAUUCGUUAUAAUACAAGCGGAGCCGAUUUUAGUCCAGAUCUUGAUCUACAGGAAUCCAACACAUUUUCUUGUGAUGCUGGUUGGGUAUAUGACAACCAAGAAACUAAGGAGAGGACAGUGGAACAGGACUUCAAUUUAGUUUGCGGAUUGGGGUACCAGUCUGCACUUGCGCAAUCUCUCUUCUUCGCUGGUACUGCUGCCGGGUCUUUGACGUUUGGAUUGUUCUCUGACAGGUAUGGUCGUCAUCAGACCCUGUUCACGUGCACGACUGCCAUUAUAAUUUGCGGGACAGCGUUGUCAUUUUCCGUCAACAUAUGGAUGUUCAUGGUACUGAGAAUGAUCACAGGGGCAUUUACGAUUGGAAUGCUACAAUCAUCCUUCGUACUUGCAAAUGAAAUGAUUGGUCCUUCUAAGCGAGCCAUUGCUGGUAAUGUGAUAUGGAUCCACUUUGCAGUAGGGUACAUGACAUUAUCCCUGCUAGCAUUCUACGUCAGGAACUGGCGUCAUCUGCAGUUGAUUGUUUCCUUGCUACCUACUAUUCUGCUCAUCAUAUACGUGCUGGCUCCAGAAUCUCCACGUUGGUUGUUGUCAAAGGGCCGUGUCAGGGAAGCAACGAAGAUCAUGCGCAAACUAGGCAAAGUCAAUGGAGCCGAAAUCAAAGAGACAUUUAACUUGGAUAAUGUGCAAACGGAUAUGAAAGUCGAGGGCGGUGGAGACCAGGGUGUGAUUGAACUACUACGCAGGCCUCGUUUACGUCUCUACACGCUAAACCUCAUGUUCCAGUUAUGUGUGAACACGGUGGUGUACUACGGCAUAUCCAUGAGCACCGAUUCUCUUGGAGUCAACAAAUACAUUGCCUUUGCUAUUGCGGGUGCUGUUGAGGUUCCUGCUUGUUUCUGUGUCAUUCGUCCAAUUGAAAAGUGGGGGAGAAGACCGGUUUACAUUUUCUUCAUGGCCUUAUGUGGAGCCGCCAUUUUAGCCACAAUUUUCAUUCCGUUUGGUAUUGGACGAGCCGCAGUAGCAAUGAUUGGAAAGUUGGCCAUCACAUCUUCCUUCUGCAUUGUCUACCUCCAUGCUUGUGAGAUUAUUCCGACUCCAGUUAGGGUUUCUGCUCUUGGCAUGUGUACCCUCUGCUCAAACAUGUCCAACAUUUUAGCCCCACUGAUCCUGCUUCUUUCCAAAUACUGGUAUCCGUUUCCCCUCGUCAUUUUUGGCUGCUUCGCUUUCAUCGGGGCAGGAACUGCCUACUUCCUUCCAGAAACCAGAGGCAAAAAGAUACCAGAAACAAUGGAAGAGGGAGAAAACAUCGGAUGGAAAGCCGCACCAAGAAGAAACAGUCGCGUCGUGAAUAGUUCGAAGUACUCCAAUAUCGACUACCACAAAGCAGGUGAAGAGAUGGGGGACCCGGUGUAAGAGAUGAACGAGACACAGUCACCAUUACCACCAUAACCCCUUCUCUGUGAGGAUCCUCCGCACACAACCCUAUGAAGAAAUCCCAACUCGUUGUCAGACAACUCUUUAACCUCUGCAUUCGGUGUCACUGGUAAACUUCGUAUAGUGUAUUUGAGUGCAUGGUGUAAUCAAUGAAGGUGUAUUCAAAAAAUGGUACAUGGGUAAACAAUUGAUCGCAGCUCAGUGUUUUUCUUCUUCUUCUUGGACCGCGCCGUUUAACAUGUUAUGCGUUUACACCAUUAAUUUCUUCAUAGUGUCACCAGUAUGUGAUUAUGCAACCACGUGCAUGUGGGUUGCAUGUGAGUUCGCGGAGUGACAUUGGGUGAUUUCAAGUUGGGUGUUUAGGGCUAGUGUUUAAUAAAUACUAACACCAGCUUUAAACACCGACAUGGAAAUCAGCUGGUGUUAAGACUUUGACGUCUGAAUAAUUAUCGUCAACCUCCGGUAGCUAGUGUUAUCGAUUUUGCAAAAUUGUCGUCUGCUGAACGCCUGAACCGACCUUUGUGGCUAGUGUUAAUAUUUUACGUACAAAUGCCCUAUUCGCUAACACUAGCCCCUACGGAUUAAAAAAAAUGUUGAGUUUUCAGUUCGGUGUUAGUAGUGCUGUAUCCGCACAACAGUCAACGCACGGACGGCGCUAAUUUAUUGUCUGACGUUCAAAUAGAAAUAUGUGAAACAGGUCCUUUACUAUGUGAUUUAUACAUUCUUUUAUGUAAAAUGGACUGUGCGGAUGAGCCUCACAGAUGACAAAGUUCUGAGUCGUGUGGUUUGCUGAUAAUGAAGUUGGCUGAAUGCUGCUAAAAUGAAAUAUGCUUCUGUGUGAGUUUAUGUAUUUGUUUACUCAAAUUUUAUAGCUUAAUGAACAUGACUCAUAAAUUCAAUUUCAAUGCACUCAAUUUAUAUGAAUGUAUUCUGAUUCCAUAACUAUUUGUACGUAUGCUGCAUGUUUUGGGGUGUUUUUUUUAAUAGAUUAAUAAUCGUGUCUCAUAUGUACAUUAUACAUAUACAUGUAUAAAUAAUAAAUACCCACUCAAUUUAUAUGAGUGUAUAUUCUAUAGCUCUCUGUGUCUUUGCUGCAUAUUUUAAUGAACAAAAAAUAUAUCGUGACUUAUAACGAACAGCAUUGUGGACUAAAUGGCUUGAAUGUCUCAUUAUCUACGGUUUUAAAGCGGCGGAAUUUCUCCUUCCCAUUAUUUCUUCUUCAAUUUCAUCGUGUCUUUUUCUGUUCUUUCUUUAUUCUUUUCAUUUUUCAUCUCCAAAACAUUCCUUCAACACUUUUGAUAAAUUCAGUCAGCAGUAAGGAAAAGAACCUAGAUUCUUUUGUAUUCAUUUGCCUCCGUGUAGUUUUUUAUGUCCACAUGCAAUGUGUAUUUUCCUUCACCCAUAAUUAUGUACCGUACGGUGAAAUUUAAAAUACUAUUCAGGGAACAUCACAUUGCAUCCAUAACCAUAUCGUGUCUUUAAAUUAUGACACAUUGAGAGUAUCAUGACAAUUACCCUCUGGGCAAUCACCCCUGGAAAACUACCCCCAAGGACAAUCAUCCCUGAUCAAUUAUCCCC